CCGGCGGGCGCGGCUGUGGCGGCGGGGUUGGGGGCGCCGUCCGCGCCAAGGUGGAGCCGGCGAGGCCGGGAUCGUCCCGUGGAUGGGCGACCCUACGGUGGGACACUAGCCACCGCGGUGGGAUGGCCCCUGCCGCGGUGAUGGGACGUGACGGGACUCUGGCCACCACGGCACGAGCUCCGUGCACUGGUGGAGAUGCCAAGUGGCACGGCCAGGCCCUGCAGUCCCCUUGUGCCGAAGUACCCCUUUUCCAAACGGCUUCGCUUGUCUGCAGGUUGAUUCUGCAUUAGGACAAUGGCAGGAAAAGUAAAGUGGGUAACUGAUAUAGAAAAAUCUGUUCUAAUAAACAACUUUGAAAAAAGAGGCUGGAUUCAAGUGGCAGAAAAUGAAGACUGGAAUUUUUAUUGGAUGAGCGUCCAAACAAUCAGAAAUGUUUUCAGUGUGGAAACUGGUUACCGUCUCUCUGAUGACCAAAUUGUCAAUCAUUUCCCAAACCAUUAUGAACUAACCAGAAAAGAUUUGAUGGUAAAGAAUAUCAAGCGAUAUAGGAAAGAACUUGAGAAAGAAGGAAGUCCUCUUGCUGAAAAGGAUGAAAAUGGGAAAUAUAUUUAUUUGGAUUUUGUUCCUGUUACUUUUAUGCUUCCUGCCGAUUAUAAUCUCUUUGUUGAAGAAUUCAGAAAAAAUCCUUCCAGCACUUGGAUUAUGAAACCUUGUGGCAAAGCUCAAGGAAAAGGAAUCUUUCUAAUCAAUAAACUCUCCCAAAUUAAAAAAUGGUCUCGAGAUAGCAAAACAUCUUCGUUUGUAUCUCAGUCUUCCAAAGAAGCCUAUGUGAUUUCACUCUAUAUCAACAAUCCAUUACUUAUUGGUGGAAAGAAAUUUGAUCUUCGUCUAUAUGUUUUAGUAUCUACUUAUCGUCCACUGAGAUGCUACAUGUAUAAACUUGGAUUUUGCCGGUUUUGCACAGUAAAAUAUACACCAAGUACAAGUGAAUUGGAUAACAUGUUUGUACAUCUUACAAAUGUUGCCAUUCAGAAACAUGGGGAUGAUUACAAUCAUAUCCAUGGAGGCAAGUGGACAGUGAGUAACUUACGCCUGUAUCUGGAGAGCACCCGUGGAAAGGAAGUCACAAACAAAUUGUUUGAUGAAAUUCACUGGAUCAUCGUGCAGUCACUGAAGGCUGUUGCGCCUGUAAUGAAUAAUGAUAAACACUGCUUUGAGUGUUAUGGAUAUGACAUUAUCAUUGAUGACAAGCUUAAACCAUGGCUAAUUGAGGUUAAUGCUUCCCCUUCUCUUACUUCCAGUACUGCUAACGAUCGCAUCUUGAAGUAUAAUCUUAUAAAUGACACGCUUAACAUUGCUGUGCCUAAUGGGGAAAUUCCAGACUGUAAAUGGAAUAAAUCUCCACCAAAAGAGGUUCUUGGCAAUUAUGAAGUCUUAUAUGAUGAAGAGAUGGCACAAAGCGAUGGGCCUGAUCGUGACUUGCGAAGUCGUUCUGGGCAAUCUACUGGAGUAAAAGGAAAUCGAGCAAGAGAUUCGGGAAAGCCUGUACUCACCACCUGGAAGUGAUAACUGAAAAAACAGCUGCACUCUUGGUAGGAAGACAUCAUGAAUAAAAAUGCAGGUUUUGAACAGAUUCGUCUAUUUUUCUGCAUUGCAUGUGGGAGAUAUUAAAAGAGGACAAUACAGGCUUUGAAAAGAAAUGAAACAAACACUCUAAACCCAGGAACUGUACUAGACACAUACUGACUUGAUGAUUAUUACAAUAAUAAUAGGUAGUAUGUAUGUGUAUAUAAUUAUUUUUUAUAUAUAUAUAUGCUUUGUAUGAACUAAUAUUCUCUCAAUAAUGAUUAAAAACUUUCUUUAUAAAGACAACAACUCAAAAUAUGCAUUCUGAAAGAAAUCCCUUGCCAUUCUGGAUAGAAUUUAUUUCCUGUAGUAGCCUGUCCCUAACUCCCUAUAAUAAAUGAGGGAUGGAUUCUGUACAAGGAUGGUAGUGAGGUUAACGUUGUCGCAAUGAUGGUUCAGAUUUUUGCUAGUAAAAGAAGAGUAACUAGAAAAAGUAGCAAUACAUGGAGGCUAUUGUCAGUUAAUGCAGCUAAUGAUUUAUAACCAGUAUUAAGAAACUGGGAAGCAACUCUUUCUAUGCUGAGGGGAUUUUAAUUUAUUUUAUUUCCUUUAAGUGUUUGUAGCUGCUAACUCUUUAAAGACAGAGAGUUUCAUGGACUGAGUGUUUCAAAUGGUAUAUUGAUGCAUUAUUUCACUAGCCAUUAAUUUUUAUUUCAAGAUAAUGCAUGUCUGUGGAAAAACAGACAGAACAACUACAUACUGUAAUAAAUCUCAUUGCUUGAAGCCGAUGAUAAAUCCUUAUUUGCAUCAGAAUCUCUGUGUAUUUAUGCAUGUAUAGAAUAUCUGUAUAUUUUGUGUGCACUGUAACAAAAAUACUGUUGCACGUGGUAAGCUAUUUCUGGUAGCUCUGAUAACAAAAGUUGUGAUGAUUAGCUACCAAAAUGUAUAGAGCAAAAGUUAAAAAUAGGUAUUUCGGUCUUCUAACAGCAUAGCGCAUAAAUAAACUAGUUGGGUCUGUGACGGGCUGUUGCUCCCACUUGCAUUUCCACUAGUUAUGGGGCAGUUAUUUAUAAACGUCAAUGUGCAGUUCUGGUUGUCUUUAUUCUCAUUCCCCCUCCUCCCUUUUUUUUUGGUUGUUUUUGUUUUUUGAUGAUGGAGUAUUGUGGAGAGAAAGAUGAAGGAGGCUGAGAGUUGCAAAUGCCCAUGUAACCAUAAUACACUCUAAUCUGGAUGCCACAAGCGCAGCAAUACUCAAUCUCUGCCUGCCACAGCAGGCUACGUGUUUUGCCCUCCUAUGUGGCAGGCCACUAAAGCACAUGCAAAGUAAACUUAACCUCUGCCAAAUGUUCUGAGUUUCUCAAACGCGUAAAGCAGGCCGCCUGCACCACAGAAAAUGUCAGUCCUUUUCCUGCUGUUGUACGUCCUCCUAGAAGAGGGCAGCUGCUCACAAAUUGCGUUUUUUGGGACAGUCAGUGCUGAUGACUCUCGGUCUCAAUACAAUCCGGCAAGAGCAGUUUGGGCUGGGGAGGGAGGGCAGAUGUGGGCUGGGCUGACCAAUAUCCUUACACAUGAUCUGGGAUUCAUCCUUGCAGUAAAGAGUGAAAUAUGUAGACUGAAUGAGUCACUCCAAGUGUAAUCCUCAUCUUGAUCAAUCUUGUAUAUUCCAUUAAAAUAAAGACCAAAAUUCAACUGAUUCUCUGGUCAUCAGACUUGAAUCUUCUCACUGGCCUCUACAAAAGCAUAUUCAAGCUGGCUCUUGAAAUAAGGCUAAGAAAAGAUGACUACUGCAUGAUAGUAAAGCUCAUCUCAAUUCCUGUUCUCAUAGUUUUUGGGGUUGGGGUUUUGUGUAUGGUUUGUUGUUGGGUUGGUUUUUUUUUUAGUUCCUAAGUGUGAGUCUUGCUUGUAUAUUUGAACCCUGACGGGUAAGCUACUCUUAAGUAGAUGUGUGGUCAGAUAUUAAGUGUUGUUUUAAUGAUGUGAUAUUUAGUGGGCAGAUGUUUCCAGCCCCAGUUGCCUGUUAGUAGGAAGUAUGUGACAGCCUUAGGAACUAUGAGGCUGUAGUAAAUAGUAUUUUGUAGUAUGGUUAUAUUUCUUACAGACAGGCAACACAACAAGGAUACUCUGAUAGAAGGAACAUGGAGCUUUCUCUCACUUUUGUUUCCACUGUUUGUAAUUAAUUUCUUCAGUAGCUUGGACAAAGGAUGCUGUUGUAGUCUUGUUCUAUCGUAACAGUAGCACUAGCAAGGAUGGCUACAACAGAAUGAUUACUGCUUCCCUUUAUCUUUCCUGUUCAUGCAGCCUACACUGGUGGGACUUUAUUGGGAAGAAGUGUAUUGAGAAAUGCAGAUCCUGUUAAAAAAGUCAACUUCACGCUGUUUCUUUCUGAGUAUGUAGAAGUCAUAACAUACUAAAUGAGCUGCAGUGACUUUUAGUCUCCCUUUUGGUAAGGCUUAAUGUGAAAGCAAAAACAUGCCUGAGUUAUUAGGAUUUAUUACUGUAGAAGGCUUUGGAAACUUAACCCAGGCGAUACUUUUCACUGUAAUUUCACAAUGAAACAAAACUGAUGGUAGCAUCUACAUAAUUUUGUUCUUGUUUGUAGGCAGUACUCUAUGUUGGCCAUGGUGUCUUUACAGCUAGGCAGCGAAUUGAGCCAGGGCCUGCAGAACAGAGACAUUGGCAAGACAGAAAAGGAAUGGCACUACCUGUAAUAUUACUAAUUGAAUAUUCUUAUUUAUUUGUUUGGGGGUUUUCUAAUGGCUUGGAAAGGGUCAACUCAUUUGAGUUUGUGCUCUUACUACUCAGUAUAACAAUGCAUCUCUUCCAGUCCUAACUUCCAAAAAAUUGUCAUUAUGUUAAAUCAGUGGAAGGCUUCCUAUUGCCUUCAAAGAAUAAGGAUUUCUGUCCCAAUGUGUAGCAGAUAUGUUUUGUUCACAUAUAGUAUUUGCAGAGCAGUAUUUCAUACAGAAAAUACUUUUGUAGCAGAGCUAUCAAUUUGGAACAAGUGAAUCCUACUCUCUGGCCACUGUAGAAUUGGGAAAGCAUAUUUCAAACACUUGAGGAUGAAAUAUCUCUGUAAAAUAUCUAGUAAAUUGUCAUUACUACUACAAUAUCAAAACAUUAACAUAUUACUAAAUGGGGAAAAAAAAGAAAAAAAGCUCUGAUAGGAAUCCUUGGCUAUGUAGUACUUAAUCUCAGAACUAGAAUUUAGUUUUCAAAUGUUGAUGUUGCAUUUUACAUAGUUAAAUCUCCAACCAAUGUAUUGCUAGCAGUUUAUCUUGCUGACCCAAACAUGAAUUCAGUCAUGCAAUGUUCUUCUUUAAAGAGCAAAAAGUCAAAGAGACUGCAGAUACAGUGACCCUCUCUUCCUGCUCCCAUUCCACUUUCUUUUUAAAAACAAUAGACUAGUGAUUAGAUACAUCAGGCUGCUUUCUCCUCAUUUCCUUUUCCAACAGGCUUUUUUGCAGAGGUUGAAGUUUGAAGGCCUAACUAUAUUUUCACUUCAAAUACAUGAAAAACCUACAUAUGCAAAGGGAGUUUUAAGGAACAAAACUGAAAUAAGUGAAAUUCUAGAUGACUUAGAUUGGCUUUCUGAUUAUCAGUAACAAACCAACCCCCCAAAAACCGUAAGUAAGCAGGAAGUCUUCCUUUUUGAUGAAGAACUUGAGGCCUCAUGUACAUAAGGAAUGUUCUUGAGAAACUCAAAAUUAGGAACAUCCAUUGCUAUGUAAUAUUUAUUUUUUCUGUGUAAGACCUGUUGAAAAAUAUAAUGCUGCUUUGAAGGAAUUUGAAUAAGGAACGGGUCAUGUUCUGUGUUAGCUGGAAUGAGAGUUUGCUCUGUGCAUGAAGCAGCUUGUCUGCAGACUCAGGAGGAUGACAAGGAAACAAAAGCAGUUAUAACUAAUAGUUCUAAUAGGGAUGGGGGAGGAGGGUAAUAUGUGGCUGUCACCCUCUGAGAUGCUUGUUUCUACAUGGCCUUGAAAGGUAAAGGUGAAAAUCUGGUAAGGAGGAAGAGAAACUGGAAAUGAAAACUUUAAUUGCCUACUCAGGGAUAAAAUCUUAAACCUUUCACUCCUGCAUCCUUAACUAAAUCUAUUGCUGUAGUAGGACAGAACUAAUGGUACAAAGUGGCAUACAAACUGUUAACAGCCUGGGGCACGCUCUGCUAUCAGUAAGAACUGAGGUGAUUAGAGAGAUGUGUACACCGCUUGGGCCAUGCAUCUACUAUAGGAAUUAAGGGGAACUGACUAAAGGUGUGAUGAUAACAUGUAUAAUAAAAGAUGUUAAACCUUGUGUGGACACUCUCAUUCAAAGGUAAGGUAGCUCGUUUUGCCAGAGCCUAAUUCUCCAAAAGAUUAAAGACUGUUUUACCUUUGACUUGAGAGGGCUUAAAUGGGCUUAAAUCUGAGUGACUGCCAGCAGACAAGCUCUUAGUUCUGAGUAACUAACCGUGGCCCUAGGCCAAUCAUCCUCCAAAUGUAUCUAACGGGAGGAUAAAGAAACUGUUUUGGCUUUCAGUGGAGCAAAAUAAAUCAGAAAUAACAGUUCUCAAAAGUUCUGACUUUGGCUAUUGUAAUAACUUGCCAGGCAGAGCUAAAAUAAAUGUGCGUCUCAGUCCUAAAAUACUGUUCUUCAUAUGCUCAAGUGAUCACUGGCAUAAUGACAGUAUUGUAUGAAGAAUUAAAUAGACAAGCUCUAAACAGCUAUGGGAAUUGUUAUAAUGACAUCAGUGUAGAAGGAGCUUAUUGCUAGAGUUGAAUAAUGGUGCUUGCUUCCUGGGCACUAGCCUUUCUCCCUAUUAAUUCUUGACAUGGAAGGAAUUAAUAAGAUUCCCACAGAAUAGGUUCUUUAUAUGGCUUUAGGAAUUUAAUUAGAAUAAAAGAAACAGUAUUAUCCCUAAAGCUACUUUGUUGCUGUUGGCUUUACAAUAGAACUUCUGCCUAAACUGUCCCUGUCUCCUGAUUCACUUCCUGCUAUAAACUUAGCAAAACAAUAGACAUUUCACAGAGGAUAUGUAGUCCUGCAUUUCAGCAGCAGAACAUGUCAGGCAGAGCUCAUUUAUCUGUAGUAAAGGAAGGGCUUUACUCUUGUCAUUACAAACAAGUGCUGUUUCUGAAGCAGUUACUGUUCAGUUUACUUGGGUGGAAAAAACAGGAGGCAACUUAUGUUUUAUGCCUGCUUUAUUAAAAUAGCUCACUCAAGCCUUCAGGUCAGUGGGAAGGACUCUGCCAUCUGGUGCAUAGGUAUCAAAAUAUAACACUGGUGUCCAUAGCUAGUUAUGCUAACCUGUAGGGUUCCUUAACAAAAACAAACAAAAAAUGUAUUCCUGUAUUCUCUGCAGAAAAUAAAUUAAAUGUGUAUAGAUGGGAAAAGCUGGCUUUAGCCACAAUUUUGUUAAAAAUUUAAUUAUUAGGAGGAAAUAGGAACAUAAAUUAGUAUCUUGGAAAAACUGAUUGUUUUUCACUGAAUAGUAGGAAGUUGUUUGUGCUAGAAUGUAUUUUUUUCCCACUUUAAGCUGCCAUCAAAGCUUAGGCAAGCUUAAAGAAACCCUCUGUACUUGAAGCAGUCCAUAGCCAGAACUUUUCCAAUCGUUAUGAUGACACAGGGAUAUCUUUACCAUUGACAGUCUUCUAUGCCUUAAUUACUCUCAAAUUUUGUACCUAUUAAAAGCAUAUAAUUCACAUCUGAGAUAAUCAUAGACAAUUGUGAAAUAGAAGAGGUUGGACAGUAUGAAACACUAAUCAAAAAUAUUAAUGUGAAACACAAAGAGAUAAUAAAUGAUAUUUCAGUCAAGAACACGUCAUAUAUAUAAAGUUCUUUCCUAGUGAAAGUUGGGCAAUGAAAUAGUAGAAUUGAUUGAUCGAUUUGCGUGGAAUUAAAUUUAAUAUUCUGAAUUUCUGUGUCAUUGGCAUAUAUAAUCACUAAUGGCAUUACGUUUGCAGGCAAAAUAUGGUUCAGGAUUUAAAUUUAGAUUUAAAAUGUAAAUAGAUUUAUAUAACACUUGGGCUUUCUUAGAGAGAAAUGUUCUGAAGAGAAUGCUGAAAUAUUAUUGCAAGAGUCAAGAAACACCAAUAAAAUUUUCACUGAGUGAAGCCAAGAGACAGAGAAAGUAUUAGUGCUUAAAAGGACACACAGAAUUUCUGAGGACAGCAGAAGACACAAGAAGUAUAUUUAAAAAUAGAUUGUGUUAAAAAUAAAAAUAACCGUGGGAUACUUAUCUAAAAUGAGAGAGGAAUUUUUUCUUUUUUUUUUCUUUUUUUUUCCCCCGAAACUUCCUGUCCUGUUCCUAACAGUCUAAAUCAAAUGCUCACCAGCAAGGCUGCAUAGACUGUUAGCCUUUCUUCAAAGAAAAAAGAUUGACAUAAUCUUUCCUAGGAUGUCACAUUCUGAAUAUAACUGAAAAUGUUCAGAGAACAACUGAAUUUUAAUAUUUAGGAAAAAAUAUCAAAAUAUUAAAAUCAAAAUGAUGAAUAUGUUAAAGUAUAACUCACUAUAUCAGUAAAUUAUUUAUGGCAUCGUAAUAGGGUCAUCAUGCUGGGAGGUUGCAUGACUGAUGAUAGAUAUAAUGAGACCACUAAUCUCUCUUAAUUCACUACAAGAAAAACUUAGUGUUUGAAUAUGCAUAAAGAUAAUUUACAUUUUAUAAAUUGAAAAAAAUAGUGCUUUGUUAACCACAGAGGUAUAUUUCUACAAGCAUUUUUUCAAGUGCAUACAUGUAUUUAUUCAGUGCAUGUGGCCUCAAGCCUCUAUAUAUUUAUACAUACAUUAAACUGUGUUACUACAAGGAAGUCAAAUUAAGCACCAGCAUGUCUAUUAACCCCAAUGCAGACAAAUUCUUCUUUCGCCUGCAGAGGUAAUUCACAGGAAGAUCAAUAGUGUUGAUCCAAAAAGUAGACUAAGAUGACCCUAAUAAUGUUGCUUCUGAAUUGUUUCAAAUGGUGCACUUGGAAAAGGGGCAAAAACUUUACAAUUAAAUAUGUAUUUUUAAAAUUCUGAUAGCUGUUAUUGACUUAUUGGCUUCCAAAGGAGUCUGAGCAUUUUUCAUCUAAAUGUAAAAAGCACAAGAAACAACCAGAAGAUAAUACUCAGCAGCUUGCAAAUACUGUUCCCUAAAGUGGUGCC